UCCCCUCUCUUUUCUCUCUCUCAGAACCUUCCUGCGGCUGCGUUCGCACCUCGCUGCUCCAGCCUCCGGGACACGUCCCAUCCUUCCAGCCUGAGACUAGCAGUAUAGAAAAAAAAAAUUCCAUAUAAUUUCUUGCCCCGUACACACCUUGAGGCGAGCAAAAAAAUUAAAAUAAAUUUUAACAAUGAGGGAAAUCGUGCACAUCCAGGCCGGUCAGUGUGGCAACCAGAUCGGUGCCAAGUUCUGGGAGGUAAUCAGUGAUGAACACGGCAUCGACCCCACUGGAACCUACCACGGUGACAGCGACCUGCAGCUGGAUCGCAUCUCCGUGUACUACAAUGAAGCUACAGGUGGCAAAUAUGUUCCUCGUGCUAUCUUGGUGGAUCUAGAACCCGGGACUAUGGACUCUGUUCGCUCAGGUCCUUUUGGGCAGAUAUUCAGACCAGACAACUUUGUUUUUGGUCAGUCUGGGGCAGGCAACAACUGGGCCAAAGGCCACUACACAGAGGGGGCUGAGCUGGUUGACUCAGUCCUGGAUGUGGUGAGGAAGGAGGCGGAGAGCUGUGACUGCCUACAGGGCUUCCAGCUGACCCACUCACUGGGUGGGGGCACAGGCUCUGGAAUGGGCACCUUGCUCAUCAGCAAGAUCCGAGAAGAGUAUCCUGACCGCAUCAUGAACACCUUCAGUGUGGUACCCUCACCCAAAGUGUCUGACACUGUGGUCGAGCCCUACAAUGCCACCCUCUCCGUCCAUCAGUUGGUAGAGAACACAGAUGAGACCUACUGCAUUGACAACGAGGCCCUUUAUGACAUCUGCUUCCGCACUCUCAAGCUGACCACGCCAACCUACGGAGACCUGAACCACCUCGUCUCAGCCACCAUGAGUGGUGUCACCACCUGCCUCCGCUUCCCUGGUCAACUCAAUGCUGACCUCCGGAAGCUAGCCGUCAACAUGGUGCCCUUCCCACGGCUCCACUUCUUCAUGCCUGGCUUUGCACCUCUGACCAGCCGUGGAAGCCAGCAGUAUCGGGCCCUCACUGUGCCUGAACUCACCCAGCAGGUCUUUGAUGCCAAGAACAUGAUGGCUGCCUGUGACCCCCGCCAUGGCCGUUACCUCACUGUGGCUGCUGUCUUCCGUGGACGGAUGUCCAUGAAGGAGGUAGAUGAGCAGAUGCUCAAUGUGCAGAAUAAGAAUAGCAGCUACUUUGUGGAGUGGAUCCCCAACAAUGUCAAGACAGCAGUCUGCGAUAUCCCACCUCGUGGCCUCAAGAUGGCAGUCACCUUCAUUGGAAAUAGCACAGCCAUCCAGGAGCUCUUCAAGCGCAUCUCAGAGCAGUUCACGGCCAUGUUCCGGCGCAAGGCCUUCCUCCACUGGUACACAGGUGAGGGCAUGGACGAGAUGGAAUUCACUGAAGCUGAGAGCAACAUGAAUGACCUUGUCUCCGAGUACCAGCAGUACCAGGAUGCCACCGCAGAAGAGGAGGAGGAUUUCGGUGAGGAGGCUGAAGAGGAGGCCUAAGGCAGAGCACCAUCACCUCAGGCUUCUCCAUUCCCUCAGCCUUCUUCCUCAGCUGCCCCUGUCCUCUCCCUCAGAAUUACAUUUUCUGCCUCUGUCUCUUUUUUUUCCUUUUUUGGAGGGGGGUGGUCCUAGAACACAGUGCCUGGCACAUAAUAGGCGCUCAAUAAAUAUUUGUUGAUUGUUGAAUGUCUCCUCUCUUCCACUCUGGGAAACCUAGAUUUCUGCCAUUCUCAGUAACCCUGUAUUUCCUUUCGGUGUCCCCUUCUCCCAUUUGUCCAGUUGGUAUUUCCCUUUGUUUUAUAAGAUAAUUCUCCAAGAAGCUGGGUCUCAUCAGAUCCUAUCUAGAACCAAGUGCUUAAAACCCAGUAUAUGGCCACCAUCCUAAGCCCAUGUGGUAGCCCCGGGGAAAGGAAACAAAGCUACCUCAUAGCCGUAGAGGUACCUAUAAGGAAGGGGUAGGGUUUUCUAUUCUAGAGCAGUUUUAGAGAGGGAUAUCCAGGCUCUUGAGUCCUAAUUUCCAGGAAUUUACCUGCUCCUCUCAGCUUCAGGAGAGGUGUUGACAGUAUUAUCUGUAUUUUUCCCGUCGUCUUCCAAGCUGUGUCCUGAGCUGUUUCUUUUGCAGGGGUCUGCCACACCCUGUUAAAGCAGGAUCCUUCUCCUUUCCUACAUAACCACCAUCAUGUGUUGGAUUCCUUCCUUUUCCCCUGGUUGGAGAAGGGGGCCAAGAAGGGGAAGGAGGGACUAGCCUCCAGAAAGACCCUCCCCAUCCCCACCCUUAGCAAACACCCAGCUCUGCUGUGUAUAUACAGAAAGGUUUGUACUGCCACCUAAAUCUUUUGAAUCAUUCUUCCAGAGAGGGGACAAGGAGACCCUCCCAUUUUGGCAACAUCUAGUUUUUUUUCCUUUUGCUAUUCCCUUCCCUGCCCUUGGCUUCAUCCUGUCCUACACUUUAAAUUUCUAUAUUGUGUUGAACUUGCUUUUUUUCAUAUUGAAAAGAUAACAUUGCCCCAAGAGCCAAAAAUAAAUGACAACUGAAAAAAUUAA